AUGCAGGAAGCCCAGCGAGCUGCACAGUACGACAUGUCUAACGCCACGCAGUUUAAGUUCAGCACCGUCAUGGCCGCCACGUGUGACGAAGCUGCCUGCACUGCGUGGUGUAUGCAGGGGCUGUGUCCGUCAUUCGCGAAGGACAUGACCUUGAGCGGGACAAGGUGGCGAUGCCGUCGUGCUUCUUGCGGUUCCAUCGAGCGCAGCAUGAAGUUUGGAUCAUUCGAAGAACGAUUCAAACUUCUAUUCUCCAAGGCGGUGCGGCUGAUGUAUGCAUGGGCCUCGCGCAAGUCGCCGCCCGCGAGAGAAAUUCGUGGCGGAGGCGUGGAAGUGGACAUGCUGUAA